AUGGGCCAACCGGCGGAGACCAAGCACGUCUCCUUGGCAGCUGCGAUGACAGCACGGGCGGGGGCCGCAGGGGCCGCUCGCGUCAAGCGGGGGCGCCAGGGAGGAGGGAAGAAGGACGGGCUCGGUGCCGCCUCUCGAGCGACGGGGGCGGCAGGCGAGGGCGUCUGGGCCGUGCGAGGGCGUGGGCGAGGCGGCGCCGAUUACGAAGUUCAAAAAAAUUGUUUGAUAUGGAUGUGGAUUGCGGAAGGUUUUAUCCAGUGUGAAAACCAAGGCAAGAGCCUAUUUGAAAUCGGAGAGAGUUACUUCAAUGAGCUCAUAAACAGAAAUAUGAUCCAACCCAUAUUUGACCCAUAUGACAAGGUAUAUGAAUGUCGUGUACAUGACAUGGUGCUUGACCUUAUCCGCUCCUUGUCAAGUGAAGCAAACUUUGUUACUGUAUUAAAUGGUAUGGAUCAGAUGUCUCCAUCAAGUAACAUUCGGUGGUUAUCAAUUCAAGAUGGCAAGGAAGACGGUUCUAUGACUCUGACAACUAGGAGCUUGCAACAAGUAAGAUCAGUUGUUAUCCUGCGACUGACCUCUAGUCUAAUAAUACCGGUCCUUAGGAGUUCCCAAGUUUUACGUGUGAUGGAUUUACGACAUUGUGAUCUUUCACAUUGUUACAACCUUAACAAGUGCCUUGGGAAUCUAUUUCACUUGAGGUUCCUAGGACUGCGUAACACAUGCAUCGUGGAGCUCCCUGUAGAAAUAGGAAACUUACAAUUUUUUCAAGUACUGGACAUUUCGGAGAAUAUAAUUUCUUACUUGUCAUCAAAUGUUGUUCAGCUCAAACAUUUGAUGUGCCUGGACAUCAGCCUGUCAACCAGAGUGCCAAAAGGUAUUGGGAGCCUAAGGAGCCUUGAAGAGCUGUCAGCUUUAAGCGUUGAAGAAUCCAACAUAGACAUUAUAGAAAAGCUGGGUCAGCUAACGGAACUGAGGGUACUCCAUAUUUUAUUGCACGAAUGGAACGGCAAGCUGGACUUCGAGUGCCUACGCAAGCUGCAAAAGAUCCAAGAUCUUGUUAUCUGGGGCCUGGGUGAUCAAAGGAACGUCGGUGGAUUGGAUGCCUAG